CUUGACAGUACCGUAAUAUUUCUUUAUUAUUUCUUUACUGGUAACUCUAAUCAGUACCAAUCCAGGAACAAAAUAAUUUUACACACUUUUUAAAUAUUUUACUUGGCAACAUUUUGGACAAAAUUGCGUAAUGUCAUCGUAUGUCAAUGUCAAAGUCACAAUUUGAAUUUUUUGGUGCACAAAACCGGUUCUCGCAGGACUUUCGAAAAUUUUUGUAGAAAAAAAAUCUGCUAUUCAAAUAUGGACGCAAGAAAGGAACGUAAAGUGCUCGCCAAGAAACUAUUAGAAGAGGUGGUACAAAAUUUAGACGACUUGUCUGAUUUAUCAGGCUCAGAUUCUGAGGAUGACUCAUGCUUUAUCAACAGUAUUCAUUCUCCUUCCGAUAGUUACCUAAAUCAGCUCGAUGAUAACCUAAUUGAACAACGUCUUGAACAUAUCUUUGGCUUUGGAUUGACGGGAGACAAACAAGACCCACCUUCUCCCCCUAUGCAAACUCAACAGAUUUCAACGGAUGCCUUACUGACAGUCUUAGAUGAAACAUCGCAUUUCACAAACACACCAAAAACAGACAACAGUCUUUUGCCAACUCACUUAGGUACUGAAACUGAGCAAUGUUAUGAUCAGCCUUCUGACGUUCACACAUUUAAUGAAGUUCAGCAAAAUUUUGAUGUCAUUGAUGCCCCCAUGGAAGAGUUUUUGGCAGAUGAUGGGCAAGAGUCUGAAACUAACAACGAAGUACGCAGAGAUCGUUCUCAGCCAAGAGUAUGGGAGAUAAAAUCGGAAACCCAUGAAGUUCCGAAAAACGUUUUAAGCCCAAGGCUAACGAUACUCAUAAAACAUCACCUCUAA